UUUGAUGUCGGUAAAAAUAAAACGAUGUUCAUCCACUGGAACUGUCACCCCGUACAUUAAAUUCAAUUAUAAAUAUUCUUUUAAUGCAUUUGAGUUCAUUUCAUUUAUUCAAUCUUAGCUGAUAUAUUUUUCGAGAAAUUUUAGCUCCAUUUAAAUUUUUCUAAUGUAAGUUACGAGCUUUUAGCGUAUUGGUAUAUAACGAUCUAUAAAGAUGUCUUAUGUUUUCGUAAUUCAACUGUCACAAAUAAAAUUCUUAGUUUGAUUUUUUGGUUAAAUUUAAUAAAAUAUAAAAAUGUCGAUAAAUAAAUUACACAAGUUAAUUAAUGUCAGAAGUAAAUUUCAAAUGUUGUGGAGAAAUAAAAACUGAUUGCAGCACAAUAAAUUACAAAAUGAUUCAUUCGAAAAAGGAAACCGUACAAGAAAAAUUUCAUCGGCUUCGAGAAAAGAAUAAAAAUGAAAUUAUUAAAAAAAGACAAAGAAUACAAAUGCUACAAGAAGCUGCAUCUUACAUCAUCCAAAGUAAAAAUAAAAAGAAAAUAGAAAAUGAUUUCGAUGUAGGAGAAAGUAAGCAGUGCCAAACAUCAGUGUCACUAACGCAGCUCACAAGUGCCACCAAAGAACCACUUUGUGCAGAUGAAUGCGUACAGACAAGUCAAGAAGACAUUUCAGUUCAACAAAUAUUUCCAACAGCAACACAAAGUGUUCAUGUACAAGAACAGUUGAUAGAUUGUCAUGAUAAUUUAAAAGAUUGUUCCAAAUCCAAUAAAACAUGCAAUUUAUGUGGGAAUUACCAUAAUUAAAAAUUAAAAACUGAAACAAUAUUUUACUUCAUUUCUAAUAAAGGAAAUUUAUUAUUUUAUUCAAAAAAUAGAUGAAGUCCUGUAUAGUAUUUUAGUAAGAUAAAUUUAAUUGAUCAUUAUCAUGGAAUUCAGAACAAUUUUGUUCUAUUUGCGUUCGUUUAAAGCUAUUCGGUAUCUUCAUUAGUGAAACCUCUGGUAUUAUAUCGAAAGGUAGAA